AUGUUCGAAACUCUAAAGCCAUCGCGGAUCGUCAAAUGCACAACCCCAAACCCCGUUAACCACCGCUGCUACCUCCGCACUCCAUGGAUCUGCGUCGUUGUACUCGAUUCUCCGGUAGCCGUCGCUGCCGAUGACAUCCCAAAAAUCGCCGCCAUGAUUGUACCGGACCAGAGGGAAACAGACUGGACCUUCUGUUCUGAUUCCGGUCAUCGUCAGCUCUUAUUAGACUACCCUAACAUCUCCCGUCUCAUCCUAAUCGGCAAUGAUCUCCCGCCUAAUCCACCUCCUUGCAUUUAUACUCGACCACCGGAUACUGAUACCGCUGAUGUUGACAGAAAGAAACUAGAAGACGAAUUGCAAUCGCUAGUGAUGUCUCUGCAUCCCAAAGUGUGUUUUCAAAACGGUUUGCCGAAAAUCCGAUUCUUGACAUAUGAAGAUGAUCUGUUGUAUCGGGUGAUUGUAACUACAUUUGUAGGCCCUGUUGUUGGUGAAUUUGUUGUUGAAGAUGUGUUAAUGGAAGUUCAUGAUGACAGCGUUGAUAAAAAACUCCGGAGGAAUUUGAGGUUUAAAAGAACGCCUAAUUUGAUACAAUCACAGGUCCACCUUUAUCCUGUUAUGGCUGAUGAUGGCAAGGUUGUUGCUGACGUGAUAAACUUGGAGUAUCUGAAGAAAAUGAAGAACGUAAAGUUUCAAAUCGAUACAACAAUUCUCGUUCACGCAUACUUGGCUCCUAUGGUUUCUGGUCUUUUCUUUAUUGGUUCACAUCUCAAUAAGCGAAUCAGACAAGGGUUUCCUCCAAGAGCUUUGUGUUUAGGGGUUGGUGGUGGUGCUUUGUUAACUUUCCUGAACACUCAAAUGGGGUUUGAAGUUGUUGGAGUGGAGAUCGAUGAGGCUGUUUUGAGUGCUGCAAAGCAGUUUUUCGGAUUCAACAAUGGAAAUUCUAUUCAACUAAUUGUUGGAGAUGCUAUACAACUGAUUCAAAACUCUGCGAUGCGACAAAAAAAAGGGGCAACAGAUGAUUCAGAUCCAGAGGUUAAAAUUGAUGGUUUGGAUGCUAAAUUCGAUGUAGUUAUGGUUGAUUUGGAUUCAAGUGAGCCUCGAUAUGGCAUAUGUGCUCCACCACUAGAAUUUGUUAAGAAAUCUGUGAUUCAGGCUGUUAGAUUACUUCUUGAUGAUGAUCAUGGUGUCUGUAUCAUCAAUGUGGUUCCUGUGAAUGACUUGUUCUAUAAGACAUUGGUUCAAGAACUUAAGGAUGCUUUUCACAGUGUACAUGAAAUAGAUGUUGAGGAUGAAGAUAAUGUUGUUCUUGUGGCCACUGUAUCAGAACCAACUUCCUCCAUGGACGAGGAUGCUGCUGCUUUCUUGGAGAAGUUGAUGUAUGAGAUUCCUGAAGGUCUUUUAGAGUCCGUAGUUGAAUUGUGA